AUGCACCAACUUUUACUAAAAGUGGAAAUCCUACAUUUUGUAAUAAAUAUUAUAAAAACUGUCAUCAACGUGACAACAUUAAUUUUCGCAAAAUUGUCAUACAUAUUAGUUGGAACAACUAACGAAACCCAACCACCUGGUAGCUCACUAAAAAAAAAAUUAAACUUAAGAUUAGAACAGUUAGAAAAAGAGGAAAAAAAUUUACAAAAUAUAAAAGAAAAUCUAUCUGAAAUAAUAACUUUUACUGAUAAUAAAUUAAGAGAUUAUUAUACUAUAAGAGAAAGAUUUGUUGCAAAAUGUUUAGAAAUAUUAGAAGCAUUGGAAGUAAUUUUAAGAAAUAUUAAUGAAAUCAAAGUUCAAACAUCAGUAGAGGGAAAUACAAAUGAAGAACCUGAUUGUUUGGGAAUAAGAGAUUUAAGAAUUAUUCAUACAAUGUUAGAAAUUGUAAUAAGUUGGGGUAUUUAUCCUUGUUUAUUACCUGGAGUGGGAAUUCCUAUAUCACAUAGAACACGAUCUGGUUAUAUUCAGAACAUUAAAGAUAUUUAUCUAUUUAGUUUAAUGAAAUCAUUAACAAACAUAAUAUUUCCUACAUUAAAUAAACCAAUAUUCCUUACAACAACAAUAUCACUAAUUAUAUUAGAAAAGCAUUUUACAGAUAUUUAUGCUGCUUUAUUACAAUUAGCUUAUGCAAAUGAUUUGAAAGAGCUCAUAAAAAUACGGAAAGAGAGUAAUAUAAUGUUUCACAAGAUUUUUGAAGAAUCGAAUUCAUUUCAAUCUUUGAAUGCUUUAACCAUGCUUUUAUCAUCAUCCCCAAUUUGUACAUCUCCCAAUUGGUUAAAAAAUAUUUGUGGUCAAUAUUUAACUCAAAUUUUGUUGAGGCCAAAUGGAGUGAAGGAUAUUAUGGAAUUCAUGAUUGGAGAUGAAAGUGAAGUAAAUUUAUCUAAAUUGGAAACUAUAUCUAAAUUAAUUCUUUCUGUUCCAAAUACUGCAAAAUCUCCUGAGGCAUAUUUUUCUAUAAUAUGUCCACAAUUAUUAUCUAUAGUUCAAUCAUUUACUUCAUCAUCUUCUUCACUUCAAAACUUUAAAUCAUCACCCACAUUACAAUCUACAAUUUCCACAAUACAUUAUUUAUUAAUAGGAAGUGAACCAAUACCUAAUUUAUUACAAUUUUUUUUAAAAUAUUCUAUCACUCCUUUAUAUUAUUUAUAUUCAUUUACUUGUUCUUCAAAAUCAUUUUUAAAAGAUAUUAUAUUAGAUAUCUUAUUAGCUUAUUUUAAAAUAAUAACAAUUGAUGAAAGUGUUAAAGCACUUAAAGAAAUAUUAUUUAGAAAAAAAAAUGAAAAACUUAAAGCUCCUCAAAGUAGUGACAUUGGAGAAAUUUAUUUUGCACCUGGAUCAUUUGGAGGGGUUUUAACAGGAGAUUUCUUUAUGUAUGUUCUUACAGAAUAUACUUCAUUGAAAUCUCUUCAAUCAAAACAACAACAAUCACAACAAGAUUCAAUUUCUAAAAGUCUUUUUACUUUGCUUAACCUAAUUUUAGCAAUGAUUGACCAAUUGGGAUCAAAAAUUUUACAAAAACCUGGACAAAUGAUUGCAUUUGAUGGAGAAAUGAAUUAG